AUGAAGCUCUCUUCAGUGUGUGGUACGGUUGCGGCUGCGGCAAGUCUGGCUUCAGCUACGAUCUGGCAGAAUGAUCAAGUUCGCAUCACACAUUUCCCUAACACCACCAUUGACCCUUCAGGAUACAAGUUCAAGACCUAUUCGCCAAAUUCCACGGAGCUAUCGUACAAAGGGAGAUGGGAUAGUCAUUUCACCAGUUGGUAUUCAGUACCCGGGUUGAAGUUUGGCUUUACGGGGAAUCGAGUUGCCAUCACAUUUGGGCCAGAAACAUUCGACACGACCCUCGUCGGAUAUCGGAUUGAUGGACAAGAUUGGCAAUUCACGAAUGUCUCUACCGGUGCAACCCAUCUUCUUGUCAAUUCGAACACGACUGGUGUCAGCCUUACGUAUCCUAUCAGCCCUUCGGCUUUUGAGAUGCGAGUCACCAAUUGGGCUUAUGGAGUACAAAUUGGCGCAGUGCACGUGGGGCAAGGAGAGAAACUUAUCAAAAUCCCAGACUUUCCGCGGACAAUCGAAGUCAUUGGGGAUUCUCUGUCUGCUGGGAUGUACGCAUCUUACGAAGGGCUAUCCAGCUUCGCGUACGGAUUGGGUGCUGGUCUGGGGAACUCAGAAUAUUCUGUCACUGCUUAUCCCGGCAUCUGCUUAUUCGACAAACUUUGUUGGGGCAACCCUCACGGAAUGCUCUAUCAAUGGUUUCGAACUUCAGAUACCAGCUGGCGAGCUCAGCAAGCAUUUGGUGAUAAUCCUGAGUGGUGGGACUUUUCAAAGAAGCCAGCCGCAGACAUUGUUGUGAUCAAUCUUGGGACGAAUGACAAUAAUUCAGCAAACAACGUAACGGCUGAAGGGUAUGUUGCACAAUACAAAAUGCUAGUCCAAGGGGUGCAUAAGGUAUACCCGAAAGCUCAAAUCAUUCUCAUGGCUCUUUGGGAGGGCUUCAGCACCUUCGGCAACACAUACGCACAAUCCACAUUGAUCUCAGAUGUAGGCUACGUUCCGCAAAUCUAUUCCGUCUACGAAUAUUUCAACACGAAAGAGUAUCUCGCAAACCCCAUCCUCUACGAUCCAGUCUACAACACAACAUAUCCAUCGAACCAGACAUCGGCCCCAUUUGUUCACUACUUCAACACUACCGGUUUGAUGCAGCAUAAUGACAUCGGGCCACAAUGGCACCCUACCGAUGCUGGGCAUAUCAAGGUCGCGAGCCACUUAAUUCAGUACAUCAAGAUGAAGUUCGAUUGGGUCCUGUAUGCUACUGGGCCGGAGAUUUUCCACGAUACUCUGUAUUGGAACGAUAACAGUGGCUUCUGA